AACGUGACUGCGUGAAAAAAAAGAAAGAAGAAGAAGGUGAGCUACAGUAAAUGCAAAGCACACCACGACGACGACGAAGAAACGAAAUAAAGAAGAAGAAGAAGAAGAAGAAGAAGAAGAAGAAGAAGAAGAAGAAGAAGAAGAAAGAGUACACGGGCAGUUAUCCAAACCGUUGCACACAGCCGGGUCGUUAAUAUAAUGGUCCAUAAUCCUCAGGCAUCGGCAGAAUUGUUACACAUUCCUCCUUUUUCUUCAGAUAAAUGCUUCUGGUAAUGAAACACCCCGGAAAGCCGCCAGGCAUUGGCAGAGAGUAUGCGCUGGCUUUUGCAGAGAGAGGCGCAUCAGUUGUAGUGAAUGACCUUGGGGGAAACGUUAAAGGGGGCGGAAAGAGUUCUGCGGCUGCUGAUAAGGUGGUGGAGGAGAUAAGAGCGAAGGGAGGCAAGGCCGUGGCGAACUAUGAUUCUGUUGAAGAUGGAGAAAAAUUGAUCCAAACAGCCUUGGAUGCAUUUGGAAGAAUAGAUGUUGUUGUGAACAAUGCUGGAAUACUUCGUGACCGCACUUUUGCCAGGACGAGUGACUUGGACUGGGACCUGAUUCAUAGAGUUCACUUGAGAGGCUCCUUUAUGGUGACUCGAGCCGCCUGGAACCACAUGAAAAACCAAAAGUUUGGCAGAAUCAUCAUGACGACUUCAGCUGCAGGCAUCUAUGGAAACUUUGGCCAGGCCAACUACAGCGCUGCCAAGCUGGGCCUACUGGGUCUGGCAAACACCCUGGCCAUUGAGGGACGCAAGUACAACAUCUUCUGUAACACAGUUGCUCCUCUUGCUGGUUCGCGCCUCACAGAGACGAUCAUGCCCCCAGACAUUGUUGCGUCUCUGAAGCCGGAGUAUGUUGCUCCCUUGGUCCUCUGGCUCUGUCACGAACAAUGCCAAGAAAAUGGAGGACUUUUCGAGGUCGGUGCCGGUUGGAUUGGUAAAUUGCGCUGGGAGCGUUCUCAGGGCCGCACUGUGAGACAAAAGAACCAACCCAUGACCCCCGAGGCUGUCAGGGACCAGUGGGACAAAAUCUGUGACUUUACAGAUGCAGCCAAGAUAAGGACCAUACAAGAGUCUUUCCAGUCUUGUAUGAAUGUGCUGUCUCAGUUGGACUUGGAGGGAGAAGUCAGUGCGAAUCCAACAGCUGCUGCAGCCUCUGCGACUUCAGGAAUCAAUCCUGCUGAAGCAGUGGGACAAAAACUACCACCGACCACGUUCAGCUUCACCCACACCCAGUGUAUCCUGUAUGCGUUGGGGGUCGGCAUGUCCACCAAGGACCCAGAUCAUCUCAGGUUCCUGUAUGAAGGCCAUCAAGACUUUAGCUGCCUCCCUACCUUCGGGGUCAUUCCCUCCCAGGCAGCCAUGAUGGAUGGCGGGCUGAGCUCAAUCCCUGGCCUCAACAUAGAUUUUACACAGGUAUUGCAUGGAGAGCAGUAUCUGGAGCUAUACAGACCUUUACCAACCUCAGGUAAACUCACCUCUGAGGCCACUAUUGCGGACGUCUUGGACAAAGGAUCUGGAGCCGUCAUCCUCUUGGAUGUGAACACCUACAGUGGCGACGAGCUGGUCUGCUACAACCAGUUUUCAGUGUUUGUGGUCGGAGCUGGAGGGUUCGGUGGGAGGAGAACUUCCGAGAAAGCCAAAGCUCCUGUGCCUCCACCUAAACGGGCACCAGAUGCUGUGGUGAUUGAUUCCACCACAAGAGACCAAGCAGCCUUGUACCGUCUGAGUGGAGACUGGAACCCGCUGCAUAUAGACCCGAGCUUUGCUGCCAUGGGAGGCUUCAAGGCUCCCAUCCUGCACGGACUGUGUUCUUUCGGCUUUGCUGCGAGACACGUCCUCAAGCAGUUCGCAGACAACGACCCGUCCAGAUUCAAGGCUAUCAAGGUUCGCUUUGUGAAGCCGGUGAUGCCGGGUCAGUCGCUUCAGACUGAGAUGUGGAAGGAAGGCAACAGAAUUCACAUCCAGUGCAAAGUGAAGGAGACGGACGCCGUCGUGCUGGCUGGGGCCUACGUGGAUUUACACGGCACAUCAGAGGCUUCUCCAGAAAAUCUCACUAAAGGAGGAGGCCUUCAGAGCGAGCUGGUGUUCGCAGAGAUCGGCCGACGCAUCAAAGACUUGGGCCCGGAGCUGGUCAAGAAAGUGAACGCUGUGUUCGGCUGGGAGAUCACCAAAGAUGGGAAGAAUGUUGCAGAGUGGACUAUUGAUCUGAAAAAUGGCGGCGGGUCCUUGCAUCAAGGCCCUUACAGCGGGAAGGCGGAUGUGACCAUCACAGUGUCAGAUGAAGACUUCAUGGAGGUGGUGCAGGGGAAGCUCAACCCUCAGAAGGCGUUCUUCUCUGGUAAGCUGAAGGUUAGAGGGAACAUCAUGCUGAGUCAGAAGCUGGAGGUCAUCCUGAAGGACCACGCCAGGCUUUGAGCUCCUCAGCCAACCAAUCGGAUGACUCCAGGAACUCAAGCGCCAACCAGCUCUCACCGCCUCUCUACUUUUCAUGUCCCUGGUUGAGGUUGAAUAGUCCUUUACAAAAGGAAAAGGAAAUAAUGCCGUCCCACCGUUCCCAACAGCUUUAACAUUUAAAGCGACCAUGGCAGACCGAGUAAAUACCAUUUCCCCUUAAAAAAUUACAAAGCACAGUCUAACUGUGUGCUCAUGUGCUGUCAGAAUCAUCGGAAAAACAUUUUCACAAUUGGAAAAUUAAACAUGAAUGCCCACUCAAGUCAGAACAAAAAACCUGGAAAAUUUUAAUUUUGCAAGUUUUCCAAGUUGCCAAGUUGAAGUCAUGAAACAUGAUGAUGAAAGGAACUUUACCGAAGCACAUGUAUUGUGUAGUCAUUGUAUCGUUUCCUUUGCUCUCCUGUCACAGCACAAAGGAGAACGUGAAAGUAGAAGCGAGGUUGGAUUCAUCAUGAGUUCUCCUUCACAUCUUUCCUUGACCUCGCCAUGUGUUCCGUCGCAGUUGAAGGAAAUUUCUUUAGGUGAAAGAAAGUCAUUUUUUCUUGACUAUUCAGCCGCAAACCCUUCAUGAUUCAUGUGUGUGUGUUCUUAAUACGCUUUGCCUCUCAAAAGGAAAUGCAUGAAGAAAAAUGACCCAGUGACAUUUAGCACUACUUCAUAAUGAACGCCUGUAAAUUAACUUUCUCUGUAAUCAUAAAAUGUACAAAUACUGUAAAGAAGAAAAGUACUUUUUUUUUUUUUUUGUCGUGUCUUCAGUUCCAGCAGUAAGUCAGUGUUACCUUCAGCUACUUGCGUGGGACCAUCCUCGCUAAAUGUGCACUUAACAAAAUUGCCUUUAAAGAUCCAAAUGUGAAAUGAAUAUCUUGCUUCUCAUUAAAUGUAGUCCAGCUUUACUCAAAGUCUGUUUUUAUUCAAUAAGAUGUUGAUCUACAUUUGUAGAAGGAAAAAAAGUCUUCUACAUGAACCAAAACUCUGCCCAACAACUGGUGAGAGUGACGGUAAACAGUAACUACACAAGUCUGAGGGCUCAGUCUGACUGGUGAGGUAGUUCAAUAUCAUAUCAUGAAAUCAUGAAUCAAUGAAUUAUGACUUCAGAGUGUGAUAUUGUAAUCUCAACAGAAGCUUCAUGAUAUGUAUAGUGAUGUAGAGUUUUCUAGUUACAAGUGAUUUACACUGAAUUUGUAUGUAAUGAUAUAUAACAGUUGCUCCUCUGGAAAAAAAUAAACUAAUUCAAACUAAAA